GCGGCGGCGGUUCCGGGGGGCGGCGGGCGGCGGCGGGCCCGGCCCGCGGAGCGCGCAGUACAUGGUAAUUCCAUCAUCUCCUGGCCAUCCAAUGAUGAAAUCAGAAGCUAAGGAUGGAGAAGAGGAAAGCCUGCAGACAGCAUUCAAAAAGCUGAGGGUUGACACAGCUGGAUGUACCACUUCUCUCUCUGUGGGUGAUGGGACAAGUCCCAGAGCAAUAGUUAGAACAGUGGCAGAUGAAACCAAACCUAAGAAUGUGUGUGCUUCUAAGGAAACCUGGCAUGGGUCUGUGAAGAAGCCCUCGAGAGGAGUUGUGAGAACCCAGCGUCGCAGGCGUUCCAAGUCUCCAAUUCUUCACCCUCCCAAGUUUAUCCAUUGCAGCACAAAAUCACAUUCCACAUGCAGCCAGCUGGUGCAGAAGAGCCAGGCUGAUGCCCAGGAGGACAGCAGUGGGUUUGGGGUGCCAGUCCCAAAGGAAGCCUGUGCACAUGAACACUGCAGCGUCACUCCGGACGUUGGCCACAAGGGAGCUGAUGAGCCUUUGGGAGUUUCUGUUGCACGGUUGACAUCAGAGAACUCUCUAGCACAGGAGAACUCUCCAGCUGCAGCUUCUCCAGCAUCCAAAACAAGCCUAAAGACUACAGAGCUUUCUGACUUCCAGUCCAUGUGCAGGCUGAACACGAGUGAGCCGUGUGCAUGUGCAGAUAAAGCCUGUCAGUGCAAACUCUGGCAAGAUAUGGAAGUGUACAAAUUCUCUGGCUUGCAGAACACUCUCCCUCUGGCACCUGAUAGAAUGGUUUGUGAGGAUCACUCCCAGCCUUUGCCAUCAAGAACUCCCUCAAGUUCUCCACGCUCUUGCUCUGAGCAAGCCAGGGCCUUUGUGGAUGAUGUGACAAUUGAAGAUCUUUCGGGGUACAUGGAGUAUUACUUGUAUAUUCCAAAGAAAAUGUCUCACAUGGCAGAAAUGAUGUACACCUGACAGCAAGGAGCACUAGAACCAGAAGGGUGGCUUAAAUCUGCCCUCAGGCACACCAUGUGAAUAUGCAACCCACUCCCUGCUCACUGUGCUUGCAAUAAAAACACUUCUUUGCAUCUCA